CAUUAUGGAGGGGGCCACACGUCACUGUAACCGGUGGUCUUAUUGGCUGGCCGUUGGCGUCGUUGUCUGCGUUGCGGAGGUAACUGAAGAUGCUGACCGACAUUGAUUGGCAAGCGGCGGUGGCAGGUUCUAAUUGUUUACUUUUUUUUUCUAGAGGGGCUGGAAUGUUGCUUGCAUGUAACCCUCUUUUGAUUACGGUUGCGUCACGCGUUUAGUGAUCGGGCUCCCUGACAUUGGACAAAUAUUCAGACAUUCAAGUAGGAAUUACACGAUCCUUAAGCAGGAUUCGAUCUAGGGAACAUAAGGCCAUCUAUAUUAGGCAUUCAGUAGCGUAUCCUAUAUUAUAGCUUGAAGGGGAAUGCUCCUAAAUGGCGCCUAGAGGGGUUGACGCCUUGACGGGUUGUCAAUGGAAUUUGAUCCCUGGUCGCAUCGUCUUGCCGCCAGAUAAAAUUUAUGUACGGUAUGAUCGAUGCGCCUCGCCAACCCCUCAAAGCCCACCGCUUCUUCGAGCCGGGCAGGUUUGGUUUGAUGCGACGUACCGGUACGGAGUAAACAAUUCCCGUUAGACCAAAAAAAAAAAAAGAUACAUUGCUCCAUUCGUACCGUUUGCAUUGAUCAGCCCCCUAAAAGGAGGUGCUCUUGACUUUCUCUCACCCCAUCAUCAUCUCGACAAGCAAAAAACUGGUCUAAACUACACCAAGGACGAAAAAUCCCUUGUGCCAAUCUCUACUUUAGGUAUCCGUCCGGCGACAGCCACGCGACCGCGACACUAGACUAGUGGUUGCCAGUCAGGAACCACCGGAGCAUGACCCAGGAACAAGCCAAUCUACGCGAACGCAACGAACGGCAGAGAUAACGGGCGAUAGAAGGACAAAGACCAUAAGUUUUGCCUCUGGCCUGCUACCAAUUACUACCUGUAGUAGACUUUUCUAUUCUCCGUUGUUCAAUUUCUGGACGCAUACCAUCUGCCGCCGGCCUCGGGACCACAAGAAGCAACCGCAACGACAUAGCGCCAUCAUAUUGGAAUAAGGAAACCAGAGGGGCACGAAGACAGGCCAGGUUGGCCAACACCUGACUAUUACCACAAAGUAAACUAUCUAAGUUUGGUAACGACAAUCCAACAAGGCUAGAGGAACGAAGAACUUUCUUUGGCCUGGAAUCUUCCUCUUGCUUUUUGUUUUUCUUUGUGGUGCAGCCGCGGGUGGGGGUUUUGCAUCAGAGUCGUUUGGUGUGCGCGUCAACAAAUGAGAUCGCGCCACCAGGGGGAACGUUGCUUCUCCAGGCCGAAGACGUCUGAUGUCCUACACAAUGACAGCUCCAGCCGGUGCUCCUGGCCAACCACAAUCCGCCAGCGCAAACAACUACACCACCACCACGCCCACCGGUACUCCGACGACAGCGCAAUUUCACAACCUCAGCAAUAGCGGCGGCAAGUCACUUCCGCGUCCGCCGCGCAAAUCAAACCUUUACGGCCUGGCGACCGCGUCCAGCCCGAACCUCAGCACGUCCUAUUCACGCCUCGCGGCCCCGCAGCACGGCCUCUCGAGGAAGGCUUCCCAGCAGGCCUUGACACCAAACUCCCUCGCCGCCAUCCCCGAUGACUCCGAGUCGUAUGCCAUAGGAACAGUCCUGAACGACUCUGAAGCGAUGCUGCCGCCGCCGCCGCCCUUGACCCCGGGCAGGCCGUCCGGCGAUGGCCACAUUGCCAUCGGCGACAUCGUCGAUGUGCCCGGAAAUAUGCACGGGACUGUUCGAUUCGUUGGUAAUGUCGAUGGUCGCAAGGGAAUAUUUGCUGGCGUCGAGCUGCACCCCGAAUUUGCGGCACGGGGCAAAAACAACGGCGAUGUCGACGGUAUAUCGUAUUUCACGACCACGAAACCAGGAGCCGGGAUAUUUCUGCCUCUCACUAAAGCCGUCAAGCGAGACCUGGCACCGUCUUCAACUGGCUCGUAUCCCAUCACACCAAUGAAUCCUCCGUCCGGCCUCAAGGUCGGCAAUCAAAACUCGACCAACUACACACCUCCAACACCUUCAAUACCAAAAUUCAACCAAUCCACUGGUCCCGGCCGCGCACCCAGCCCUCUUGGCAAAAAGUCAAGCAGGCCUUCACUCGCACGCCCCGAGUCACCCAUCCGACGCCUGCAGAUGACGCCCAACCCCCGCCCAGCCAUCGCAACACCAGGCUCCAAGGUGCCGUCAAGGUACGGGAGUCCAACAAGCAAAUUCUCGCAGAGCGUCCGAGGAACCGCCCCGGAUCCCGCCAAGCGGGCAUUGAAAAGCGUUGGCCCACGGAGUGCAUCCGCUCUCGGAAACCGUGCACCUUCGGCUGCAGGCUUCACAGAUGACGAGGCUGCGCCCAUCGGUCUCAACCGGAGUGGUACUAACGGCAGCGUGGGUUCCGUUACAUCUUUCCAAGCCAAGCUGCAAAGACCAGCGUCGCGCGCCAAUGGUAGAGCCAGUCCUCACCGUCGCAAUGGGAGCGAUGAGCUGGAACGGCUUCGGUUGGAGCUAGCCGAUCGAGACAGGCAGCUCAAGGAGCAGGUACAAUUGGUGGUUGAGAUGGAGACUAGUCUUACUGAGCUGCAAACCUUCAUAUCCAAGCAAGGAUCGCAGCAGCAGCCGCCUACAAGGCGGGGCAGCACAGACGACGACAAGGACGUCACACAACUCCGGGCUCUGCUCCGGGAAAAGAACGAAAAGAUCGCGAUGCUUACGGCCGAGUUUGACGCACACAGGGCCGACUUCAGGAGCACUAUUGAUACCCUGGAGAUGGCGAGCACCGAGACGGAAAGGGUGUACGAGAAGAAGCUUGAGGAGGUGAUGCAGGAGCUGCAGGACUAUCAAGAGCGCACUACUGACGUCAACGCUGUCGCAAGGCAACUCAAGCAGUUGGAGGAGCUCGUGCAAGAGCUUGAGGAAGGGUUGGAAGACGCACGAAGGGGAGAGGCUGAAGCCCGUGGCGAGGUUGAGUUCCUCAGGGGUGAGGUGGAAAGGACGCGGUCGGAACUGCGCCGCGAGCGUGAGAAGGCCGCAGCAGGAUCGAAUGGAGCAGGGGCUGGGAAUGGCAACGCCACAUCCGUCUCCAAGGAACUGGAGCAAAAGGAGGAUGAGAUUAGAGGUCUCAAAGCCAUCAUUCACUCCUUGAGUCGAGACUCGAUCCCAGGCAUGCCAGGAGACGAUACGAGCAAGACGCCAACGUCGGCCCACAGCGGAGCACGGGGUCACCUCUCGGACGAUUCUGCCGGUGACCGCUUGGCACGCGAGAGACUGGAGCGCGAAGUUGCUGAGCUCCGAGCCCUGCUGGAUUCUAAGAAUAGCCGUGAAGAGGAGAUCAUGCGCGAGCUGGACACAUUGCGUAAGGCUGGCGGUGCCGGCAGCCCCGUGCUUAGCAAGAACCGAGUUAGUGUUGCAACUAUCGUUCCCACGGGCCAAGGCAACGAUCGGUCAUCAGUGCGAGAUUCGAGGGACACAGUGAUCCUUGCUGGAGACGACCAGAAACAACAGGACGGGCACCAGACAAAGGCUAAUGAGCCACGUUCCCCACCACGGGUCAAGACGCACGUGCGGGUGGCGACACUCGACACGAUGCCGGAGAGCGACGCCUACUCCACUGCAACGGACACUAGCACCCUCUACUGUGAGCUGUGCGAGACGGCUGGGCAUGGAAUCCUUAACUGCACAAACAUGUUUGGCGGCAAUGGUGCCACGGCUGGCGGAAACGACAGUGUCAAAACGCCAUCACCCACGUUGACCAAGAACGGCGGGCUCAGCCUGACGGUCCCACACGACUCAGUCGACGCACCCGCGCCGCUGUCUCCCAUCAAGACCAAGACGCCAACGCCCCCCUCCGUACCUGCCAUGGACGCCGCACAGGCACACCCGAGCCUCAUGGAGUCGGGCCCUGUCGCCGGCAAGGAGAGCGGGGUCAUCGAUGCGGAGAAGUGGUGUGCGCUCUGCGAGCGUGACGGGCAUGACAGCGUCGACUGUCCGUUUGAAGACGUUGCGUUCUGAAGAGGGCAACCCACAAACAGCCGCGCAAAUGCGCAGACUUGAAAUAAUUCAUGUUGACUGCCUGACUUCUGUGCGAGUUGCGUAGCUUUUGUUGCGCCUUCUGUUGUAAUCUUGCAAGCGGCUCCUGCAAUUACCCUUCGAUUGUUUUCAGAAAGCCUUGUGUUUUAUGAUUUUAUUCUUCGGUUCUUGUUUAUCCCCUUGUCAUGACCCACGAUACCACUUUUCUUUCUUGUUUGGGCUUCUCGUUCCUUACAGUUAUUUUCCCGGGAAAAAUCUGGGAGGGCCUCGCCGAGAAAGGCGAGGAAAAGAUGCGGUGCAUUGCCAUGACGAAAUGAGGAUUCUUGUAUACAUAAUUUAAUUUAAUUUUACAACAACCACUCGAAGUUCCAUUUCCUGUUGCUGGCGGUUGGACAUUAUGCGCAAUGUUUGUAAUUGCUAUCUAACCCUCAAUCCACCUACCUUCUUCUGGGACGUUCGUCGCAAUAUAACAGUUUCGAGCUUGCCUGAAAUACUCCUCAAGCACAAUAACAAUACUAUUGGUAUUAGAGA